AUGGGUAACUCGAUAUAUUCAUCUUUGGACGAUGAGGCUGAAUAUGAAAGCUUAUUAAUAGAAUAUGGAUGGUUGCAGAACUAUAGAGAGUUCUUAGGAAGAAGUAGAAUUUCCUACAACUUUAUUAUUGAAUAUCCAACUAUAGAAAAACCCAAGUUCUAUCGUUUCUUUCGAAAUAUAUCAAAGCAAGAAAAUUUAGAUAGAAGGAAGAUUAUAUCAAACUCAGGAUCUUUUGAUAAGCAGGAGUUACAAACUUCUUUAAAUAAAAGUGAACAUUUACCAUGGAUGACCGACAAUGAGAUUUAUGAUGAGGCAAAGUAUAUACCUAGUUUUAAUGGUAUAAAGAGAUUAAUCACACAGCGAAAAUAUGAUAAAAAAUUUAUUGGUAAUACUGAGAAGUCCUGUAAAAUUUUAUAUGAGCUUAAAGAGGCAAUUGAGGAAUGUAAAUUUACUUUUUCAACUCAUAUGUAUCCAAAUGUAUUGCCAUAUGACAAUGUAGAAAUCGGUGAAAACUUUUUAUAUAUUAAUCGUUUGUCAUCGAGUUGUACAGUAGAAGACUGGUUUAGUCAGUUGGGAAUGUCAGAUAUUCGGCAAGAAAUUGUCUUAAAAUGGAUUUCAUUCCAAGCAAUUAUUUCUAUAUUACAACUACAUAGCUGUGGUAUAUUUCAUGGUGAUAUUAAAUGUGAAAAUUUUCUUAUAUCACAUAUAUUAUUUACAACAAUAACUGAUUUAUGUCCUUGGAAACCAAUUUACAUUGAUAGAGAUGAUUUAAGACUAUGGACAAUAUUUUUUGAAAAGGAGAACUCUUCUAAGUGUUAUUUAGCCCCAGAAAGGUUUAUUGAUAGGGAUAAUAUGAAAAGGAAAAUAUUGAUCUAUGAGAAUUUAUACCAAUAUGAAUAUACAGAAGAUAAUUGUAACAAAAGUUUGUCUGAUGAAACUUUAUUAUUGCAGAAAAUGGACAUAUUUUCUCUUGGAUGUACUAUAAUUGAAAUAAUGAACAAUGGAAACUUAAAUUUAAACCUGAAGCAAAUUUUAAAAAGGCACAAAGAUGAAAAUAGUACUGGGAAAUUUGAAACAGAAGUAACUGAUGAACUGAAGAAUUACUUUGCAAAUAUUAUUGAAAUUACUCCGAAAAGACGUCCAAAUAUAUAUGAAAUAUUUCUUGAUACAUGUGGAAUGAAAAGAGAAGUAUUUAAUGAUCACUACAAGUAUGUAAUAUAUAAUUUUGAUCAAGAAGUGAAGAAAAAGAUAUUUCCAAAUGCCUUUCCACUUUUUUUUUACCCUUUAUCACUAAUACUAAGUCAUAGUUUAUUUUCAAAUCCUUGGAUACAAAUCUUAUUAUUGUGUUCAAUGCUACCCUCUUUAUUAGAAGCGAUUCUUUUUAAUGAAGUCAAGAUAUUAUCUGAAAAUGUAGACAAUUAUAGCUCAAAAAUAAAUCAAAGAUACCUACCAAAGAUAGAGAUAAGUUGCAUAAAUAAUUGGUCAUUUGAUAUUAUCAAAGAUACACUGCAUACUAAAAUAGAUUACGAACUAAUAAAUGAUAUUAUUUUAACCAUUAUUUUGAUAGAAUAUAAGCAAAUAAACCAUGAACAUAUAAAUACUUUUGUUGAGCAGCUUUAUAAUUACAACCAAUAUAGAGAAAAUGAAAAUAGUGAGGCUAGCUCUAUAAGUCACUCAAUUUUUCAGUUUGAUACAUGUUGUCUAUUUUCAUACUUUCAAUUAAUUCUCAGAUAUUGGCUAGAAGAUGAAGAUUUUGACAUUAGAAUUGUAGAUGGUGCAAUAGAACAGGAUUUACAAACCCAAAGGAGAUUAAGUAAAUCAGAAGAUAUACACAAAAUGAAAGAUAUUGAAGAUUAUCUAUCUUCGAUAUUAUUUAAAGUUAAACCAAAUAAUAAAAAAGUUGUAGAUACUAGCAGAAAUUUAAAUUUUCUAAUUAAUGAUGUCAAAAGUGUAUCUGAUGAAAAUCUAGCAAUUCAGUUAUAUUUAGAAAUUAUUUUUAAUUGUCUAAUGCAAAUUGUUGAACCUGAAAUUGAAUUUUGCAAUUCAGAUGAAGAUCUGCUUGUUGAUCAAGAUAUUAUUCAAAGUAUAUAUUUGCAUACUCUAAAUAUACUGGAUAUACUAUACUUAAUGCUAGGUGAGACCGGAUUAAGGGAAGUACUUAUAAACAGAAUAUUACCAAUUAUUGGUCUAUUUCUAAAGUUGGAUAGCUUUGAUUCUACAGUGAAGACUGAAACUUUAAAUUGGGUCAAUAAACAUAUAAACAUUGACAAUUACUUAAAUGACAAAGAUUUAUGUGAUAUAUUGAAUAAUGUACUUAUUAAUAAUGUUAUAGAUUUGUUGCAAUAUGGUAUUUUAAACAAAGAUAAUUUAAGUUAUAAUGUUUUAUACUCUACUAUUAAAGUGCUUUCUAAAGUGUAUAAAAUAGUCAAUGAUAAGGUAAUAUUAGAUACAUGGAUAAAAUUUAUUUUAACUUCUAAUUGUAAUCCACUUUUAAUAAUGGUAUUAAAUAAAACAAAUAAAUUAGAUCCCUUACAAGAAUACCAACCAAUAAAGAAUGGGUCGGUUAUCUUUACUCUACUGAUACAUUACUAUUAUGUAGUCCAAGAUACUAACUUAAUUGUUACGGACAUCUUUCCAUACAUUAUAGCACAAUUGAAUUCUCCCAUUUCAGAGAUUCGCAAUGGAUAUUGUCAAAUUAUUACUGAUAUUAUUAUGUAUGUGGACAUUUCCUUAUUUCUACCAUAUGGUAAAUUUUGCUUAGAAAAGUGCCUUGGAGAUGAUGACUUGUCUGUAAAUAUAACUUCAAUUGAAUGUAUAUAUAAAAUUCUUGAAACUACCUUUCUAGAAGCUAUGGAAACACAAACAGUAAAUAAUCCUAUUAUAUCUUUUGAGAUGAUGAUAUCUACAGCAUCUGAGAUAUUGACUAAUUUUAAAAUUUGGAAAUUAUAUAUAUAUUAUCAACUUUAUGAAUCAUUCAAUAAACUAUCUUUGUUUAUUAUUGAUUCAUCAAUCAUAAUGAAAGAUUGGACUAUUAUAUGUCUUUUCUUCUCAAAGUUUGAUACUAAUCUUGCAAAAUAUUUAAAUAAAAUUUUGGUUGAUAGAAUGAUCAAAGAUAAAUAUACAAUAAUUAAUAUUUUCCAUAGUUACUUAAAGAAUACCAGAAAAAAUAAAUCAAAAGUAUCCUUGUUAAGACAAAAUAAUCUCCAACCUAACAGCUGCAACACUGGAAAUACAAAAUACAAUAUAUUAAAAGAUUCGGAUAAGAAGUAUUUGAUUCUUAAUUACAAAAAAAGGGCAAUUUUCAUGAGUAAUAUACUUCCUAUAAACUCAAACGUGGAUUUAUUUAAUGAGAAUACAAAAUACAAUUCAAAAAAGUGGUUAAACAACAUUGCAUCAUUUGUAACCUUAUAUUACUCAUUGCUGUUACUAUAUGCUUAUAGCUAUGAGAGUAAGUGGACACUAAAUUUAGAUAACUUGUUUAAAGAUAUUUCUACUCUGCAAUCAGAAUCAAAGAAGAGACUAAGAAGUAAAUAUAUUCUUAAAUUUUGCUUAGAUAAACUUCCGAGUGUUGGAAAUUUGACAACAAUCCCAGAACCCCGGCUAAACAAUACUGAAAGAGAAAAUUAUUCCUAUUUUAAAAUCAGAGGUAAUUAUAAAGGAUCAAUAUACAUACAUGAGAAAUCAGUUAAAAGAAAUGGUAAUAAUAUAUACUGCAAUGGGUUUGAUAUAUAUACUGAUAUAUCAUACAGAAAUAGUGAAAUUUACUUAUGGUCUUGUAGCAACAUGAAUAAAAGCUGCUUAUAUCUUCAUAAAUAUGUCCAUAAUGAAUAUUCAUGGAAGAAUGUAAAUAAAAAUGAUCAAUAUGUAUAUAGAAUACCUAAUGGAAGUAAUAUUGCAAAUCAAUUAGAAAUACUAAACUGGUCAUACUGCACUGGAAUGGUAUCCCAAAGCAAUAAUUUUGGCGUAGUUAUUGGAACAAAUAAGGGCAAAUUACUGCAAAUUUUUAUAAGUGAUAAGCCACAUACUUAUGAAUUUCCAUUUACAAAGUAUAAUUCAAAAAAUAUACAACAUCCAAGUAUUAUUUUAUUAAAAAAAUUAAAUUCCUUAGAUAAUGAAUUUGCAACAGUCUAUAGUAAUGGACAAGUCUCUUUAAAUGAUUUCCGAACAAUAAAAAAAAAUAUUUUAACCACUAUUCCACCUGAAUUGGGAUAUGUAACCAAUAUAUGUACGGAUUGCAUUAACAAUAAAUGGAUAUGCGUUGGUACUAGUGAAAAUUUCAUUAUUAUCUUUGAUAUCCAAUAUAUCAGAAAUUUAAAAGUAUGGAAAAUCAUUGGUAUAAAUUUGGAUACUAAAGAUAUUAGAAUUAAUGGUAUAUCAAAUGGAAGUAUAUGUCAUAAUCUCACAAGAAUAUUACUAUCACUUGAUAAUAAUACUUUAAUACUGUUUGAUUGGGUUAGUGGUGAAGUUAUCAGCAAUUAUCCUAAAGAUAGUGAUCAUUUUAUAAAAUUCCAGCAAUAUAAUCAAAUGAACAAAUACAUUGAUGUAUAUGCUACAACCUUUUCUCAACUGCAUUCUUAUAUAAAUAUUAAAAAGGACCACUUUGAUCAAUACUGCGAUUGUCUAUAUUGUAUAACAAACUAUAUUAGGAAAGGUGGAAUGAUAUGCUAUCAAGACAAUAUUAGCCUAAAUUUUAAUAAUGUAUGCACUACUCUAAAUGAACAACCUCAAUACAAUUACUACAAUCAAUAUCAUACAUGUCAAGUUGGGCCUAUUGCUACAGAAAAUAAUUCGUAUUCUUAUUUACUUGGUGAUUCUCUUGGAAAUAUUUUCCAGUAUAUAAAUAGUAAUUAUGAUGGACAACUUAUUUCAUAUAACUGCAUAGUAAAGAAAUUUGACCAAAUUGAAGAUCUAGGCUUGCCAAAAGUAUUGGCUGGUCACAAAGAUUUAGUAACAUCUAUUAGUAUAUUAGAUGGUUCUUUUUAUAAUCAAUACGGUCUAAUAACCGCAUCUAGAGAUGGAGUAGUUUCUUAUUGGACAUAA